CCCACCAACAGCCUCAGGUCUCAACACAAUCAAAGCUUUUACUUAGCGAUUCUUCCUCAAGUUUCAGAACUCCACAAGGACCACAAAAAAAAAAAAAGAAAGAAAGAAAGAAGAAAAACUCUGGCGUAUCUAUGGCGUCCAUGGCUAGUGCAAGGGUAGCUCCUGCUGGAUUCUCAUACGGCAGGCCUCCAUUUUCUGCUUCAGAGAAGCCGAGGAGAACGGUGGUGGUGAGGGCUGAAGCCGUAAACCCGGGUAUCAGGAAGACCGAAGACAAAGUGGUGGACUCUGUUGUUAUCACCGAGCUGAAUAAGCCUCUCACUGCUUACUGCAGGUGUUGGCGGUCUGGGACUUUCCCUUUAUGCGAUGGAAGCCAUGUGAAGCACAAUAAGGCUACCGGAGACAAUGUUGGGCCUCUGCUAGUGAAGAAGCAGUGAAUGGUAAUGAUAUAGCACUAUACAUUCUCGAAUAUUCCAAACUUGGUGCAGCACAGUAUAUCGUGUUCUGUUGGGGAAAUCUUUGUAUGCUCUUAAUGUAAUAUGAUCUUUAUCUGGAGUUGUAAUAAUUCCUGUAGUGGAAAUUCCUUCUGAUUUUAACUAGUUCGAUCAGAACUUGCUUUGUUCAAGACCUAUGUAGUUUUAACGAGUAUCUAUUCUCCAUCCAUGAUCAAUCUUUACUUUUUCUAUUUA